UUUUGCCGACUGUUCACGACCUGUCUGUAGAUACACUUAGUGCCGCAGGAUCCUUACGUUGGUAUUAGUCAGCACGCGAAGUACGAAACGCUCGUCAAGUAUUGUGUUGCGUUAUUAGCGGUAUUAAAUUGCUGAUAAACAAGAAAUUUUUACAAUGGUGGAAGAUAAGCGGAACAAUGAAGAGUUGACAGACGCAGAAGCUGAAUUGUAUGACAGACAGAUUCGUCUGUGGGGCUUAGAAUCGCAGAAACGAUUACGUGCAGCCAAAAUUCUUCUGAUUGGUCUGGAUGGCUUUGGGGCAGAGGUUGCUAAGAAUAUUAUCUUAGCUGGAGUCAAUGUUAUUACAUUCCUAGACCAUAGAGAUGUGACAGAUUUAGAUAGAUGUUCACAAUUCUUUGUACCUAAAGAAGACAUUGGAAAAAAUAAAGCUCAAGCAUCGUUACCAAGAGCGCAAAGCUUGAAUCCUAUGGUCAUUGUUAAUGCAGAUACAACCAACAUUGACGACAAGCCUGAUGAAUAUUUUGGACAAUUUGAUGUAGUAUGUGCAACACACUGUACCAUAACGCAACUGAAGAGGAUCAAUCGAGCCUGCAGAGAACAGAAAGUCAAAUUCUUUGCUGGAGAUGUAUGGGGAUCAGUUGGAUACACAUUUGCAGAUCUACUAGAACAUGAAUAUGCAGAAGAUGUUGUGCAAAAGAGAAAAGUGCAAAUACCAGAAAGUGGUGAGCCUGUGGCGUUUGAAAAUAUAAUAGUUACAGAAAAACACACCGAUACUUUUGUGCCCUUUGAACAUAUAUUAUAUGUGCCAAAGUCAUCUUUACCUAAAGAAUCGGAGAUUUAUUAUAUGAUGCUAACAAUGUUGAGUUAUCGCGAGAAAUAUGGCGAUGAUCCACAACCUAAUGAGAGAAGUACUGAAAAUUUGAAAAAUGCAGCUUCUGCAAUUAUUGAGAAAUAUGAACUUGGCAACUCUAUAGAUAAUUUAAUAGAAAGUGACUUGUACGCGCAAAUCAGUCCAGUCUGCGCAAUCGUCGGUGGUGUUAUGGCUCAGGAAAUAAUCAAGGCGGUAUCGCAAAAAGGUGCGCCACACAAUAAUCUUUUUGUAUUUAAUCCAGACACACUAUGUGGAAAGAUAUUGAAGUUGGGCCAUUAACAUCGAAUCAGAGAUGUGAGAUCCAGAGUGGUGUUUUUAAUACUGUGGAGAAUGCAUGGUGAACUUUAUUUUAUUACCUCAUAUUUUUUUUAUACGUGAUAUGUGUUAAAUAAAACGAGAAGAAAGAAA